AUGAAGGAGGAGAAGAAGAGGUUUAAAUCUGUCCAGAACGUCAGGGAACCGUCUGAGCUCGGCCUGAAGAUGAGGAGGCAUCGCCUGCUCCCCCUGUGCGUCCUUCUGGGGCUCCUGUUUGCAGCUUUCCCCGUUAAGCUCCACGCUCAGGAUGGUAAGUUGAACCUGAUCAGUGAGAUAAUUAGUUUAAUCACCAAGUUUUUGUCUUUUUCCACUGGUCUUCUCUCCUCUGAAGACUGUGCUGAAGGUUUGGCAGCUGAUGUGUACUUUCUAGUGGAUUCGUCGUGGAGUAUGGGGCAGGAGAACUUUGAACAUGUCAGAAGGUUUCUGUUGACCUUGAUCAAAGCUCUGCACCAGGUGGGAGGAGGCCGCUUUAGGUUCGCCCUCAUACAGUUCUCUAGCAGACCCCAAACGGAGUUCCACCUCAACACCUACCCAACGACGCAGGACAUCCUGGGACACGUUAGGGCCAUGUCUUACCGCGGCGGGGGCACCCGGACCGGCCUCGGCCUGGAAUUCCUGCUCCAAACACAUUUGACCUCAGCUUCGGGAAGCCGAGCGACGGAAGGCGCGGUCCAGGUGGCGCUGGUCCUGACGGACGGCCGAUCGCAGGACGACGUUGCCGAGCCGGCUCAGGUGCUCCGGAUGGCCGGCGUGGAGAUGUUUGCUUUGGGAGUUCAGGAUGCGGUGGCCUGGGAGCUGCGGGAGAUGGCGAGCCAGCCAGAAGAUUCCCACGUGUUCAAUGUGGACUCCUUCCUGAAGUUACAGGAUAUCAUUCAGGAUGUAGUAGUGAGUGUUUGCAGCGCAGUGACCCGGGUGGGGGGUGGUCCUUUGGUCAAUGAGACCCCAAUGGCUGGACAAGGGACAGGUAAAGACAUGGCCCCAUGUCAACUAGCACACUACUCUGUGUUUGAAACAGUCAUGAACCUGUUGGAAAUCAGCCCUGGCCUGCUGCUGUGGUACGGAGGAGGAGGCGCCGUCAUCUCACCAGAUUCAGCUGACCUAAUAUUCUUAAUUGAUGGAUCACAGAACGUUGGAGCAGCUAACUUCCUCUAUGUGCGCGAAUGGCUUCUGAGAGUCAUUGAGCGCCUCUCUGUGGGCAGUGACAGCAUUAGGGUGGGUUUGGUCCAGUACGACAAUGACCCCAAAAUCCAAUUCUAUCUGAAUAGCUUUUAUGAGAAAUCCUCAGUCCUGGAAGAGGUGAAAGGACUGACCUUCUCCGGUGGCUAUGAAUCCAACCUGGGUGCUGCCCUGCUGGACGUGGCUCAGAGGCUGUUUGAGAAAGCGGCCGGAGGCAGGGCAGAGGAGGGCGUACCCCGUAUUUUGGUGAUCGUCAGUGCCGGAGAACCCAGUGAUGACGUUAGUGUCAGUCUACAGGCCCUCACAAGCGCCCAGGUGUUCACAUUAGGGGUGUCGAUUGGUCCAUCCGAUGCUGCAUAUCUGGAAGAGGUGGCCAUAGAUCAAGCUUUUGUUCUAAAAGCAGACAAUGUCAGAACAUUGUCAGCCACCGUCGAUCAGCUUGUCGGCUUCAUUACCGGCUCGGCCACAGGCGCCCUUGAAAUUAAGACGGAGUUCUCCGAAGUGGUACCAGUUGGAAAGCGAGACAUUGUUUUCCUGGUCGACAGCACAAUGGGAACAGCUGUCAUCAACACUGUACGCGACUACAUCAAGCGGUUCGUCAGCGCCAGGGAAAUCGGUCCAGAUGCCGUCCAAGUUGGUAUUGCCCAGUUCACGACGGACACGAGGCUGUUGAUGGACCUCAACAGCCACGCAGACAAGGUUUCUUUGCUGGCUGGUUUAUCUGGCGUCAAGCCGAAACAGGGACAGAAAAUCAACAUUGGAUCCGCCUUGAACUUUGUGCGAGAGGAAAUGUUGAGACCUGAAAAGGGGAGCCGCAUCGAGCAGGGCGUUCCUCAGCUGGUGCUGCUGAUAGUCAGUAAAAGCUCAGAUGACGACCUGGAGGGACCGAGUCAAGCUCUGAAGGCCAUGGGCGUUCUGACUCUGGCUGCAGGAUCCAAGGCUGCUAACCAGCAGGAGCUCAAUCAGAUCGCCUUGUCUGAAGCAAUGGUGUUCAUGGCAAAAGAUUUUAGACAACUGUUUCGCAACGCCCGGGAAAUAACCGACGCGCUCCUCACCCUGUCUGGGGUGGUGGUGGUCCCCAAUCUAGACGAGGAGAUCAUCGUGGAGAGGCCGAGAGUUGUACGUGAUAUUGUGUUCCUUGUGGAUGGAUCAAACUAUGUCGGCCGAAAUAACCUGCCCUUCAUAAGAGACUUCAUGAUCAACGUGGUCAACCAGCUGGAAAUAAGCCCUGAUCAGGUCCAAAUCGGCCUCAUGCAGUUUGCAGAGCAGCCAAGGGUUGAAUUUUACCUGAACACCUACAACAACAAGAGGGAUGUUGUGGCCAAAAUCUCCGGACUGAGGCUUACUGGAGGCUCGGUCCUGAACACAGGAGCUGCAAUGAAUUACGCUUUGCAGAACAUGUUUCAGCCAUCAGCUGGGUUACGCAAGAAAGCUGUGCAAGUGUUGGUUCUCAUCACAGGUGGUCCACCCCAGGAUAACGCCUUAAGUGAGGCAGAUAGAUUGGCUUUGGCAAAUAUUGUGACUUUCACUGUCAGUUCUGGGCAAGCAGACGAAGAUGUAAUGAGAAGAAUUGCAUUCGUUACAAAUCUGGCUUAUCACCAACAAAGCUUCUCGGAAUUUCCAGCCUUGGCCGAAAUCAUCAUGCCAAGUCUAAUAACGGUGGUUGGUGCUACGGAAGUCGACGAUCAAGACUCUAAAAGAGAUGUUGCUUUCCUGAUUGAUGGCACUGACAGUGUUCGAGGAGAUUUUGGCUACAUCCGCGAUUUUAUCCUUCGGGUCAUUGAGCCACUUGACAUUGGCAUUGACAAAGUACGCAUCUCAGUGGUUCAACACAGCGAGAGACCCUAUCCAGUCUUCAACCUCAACACCUACCAGACUAAGGAAGAGGUGAUCAGGGCGGUUAGGGGAAUGACCCUCGCUGGUGGACGCAGCUUGAAUACGGGAGCCGCUCUGAGAUACAUGAAGACCACCACAUUGUCUGACAGCAAUGGCAGCCGGAGUUCUGAAAGUGUCCCUCAGUUCCUCAUUGUUUUGGCUGCAGACAGAUCAAUGGAUAGCGUAAAAGAACCUGCGGGUGACCUGAAGACGGAUGGAGUUGUACCACUUGGAGUUGGUGUCAAGAAUGCUGACAAGAGGCAGAUCGUAGAUAUUUCCCACAACCCUGCCUUGGCCUUUAAUGUGAAGGAAUUCACUGAACUUGAAACAAUACCACCGAAGAUCAACUCCUACAUCGGUUUGUCCGCGGACCAGCUUGCACUAGCCCUGCAAGUGCAAAAAGAUGCAGUCAAAAGAGAUAUUGUGUUCCUGCUGGGUGGUUCUGAUAACACCAAAAACGGAUUUCCAGACAUAAAGCACUUUGUUAAAAGCAUAGUGCAGCGCCUCAAUGUUGACGAGAGCCUUGACAGAGUGUCUGUGGUUCAGUUUGCUGAUAGCUCCAAGGUCAGCUUUCAUCUAAAUUCCCACAAGACCAAAAAUGACACCUUGAAUGCCAUUGAUAACUUAGCACACAGAGGUGGGAGGCGACUUAAUGUUGCUGCAGCUCUCCAGUUUGUGAGGCACAGGGUGUUCACUUCCUCCACAGGGAGCAGACGACUAGAAGGAGUGCGUCAGGUCCUAGUCAUUUUAACUAGCCAAUCAUCUGCAGACAGUGUGAAAGGACCAGCCUUGGCUCUUAAGGAACAUGAAAUUGUGGCAGUUGGUGUUGGAGUGGGAGACAUUAACCUUGCAGAGUUGGAAAUGAUUGCAUUUGAACCUGGCUUCAUAUACAGAGUCUCUGAUUUCUCCAAGUUAAACUUAAUCCAAAAACAAGUUCUUGCUGCACUGAACAUGAACAAAGACAACCAAGAGACCAAGAAUGGAAUCUCUGAUUUAGUAGUUGAUCUAGAUUCUCCUGAAAGGGACAUUUUGUUCCUGUUGGAUGGAUCAGAUGAGACUCUGACUGACUUCCAGGCAAUGAAAACCUUUGUCCAACAAGUAGUAGAAACACUGAAUGUUGGUGAAAAUAAAGAUCGUGUUUCUUUGGUUCAGUAUAGCCAAGACCAGCAAACUGAUUUCAGUUUUAACAGCCACCUGGAUAAAGAAGCUGUUCUUAAUGCAGUUCAGCAACUGAACCAUAAAGGGGGCAACCUCCGAAACACUGGCGCAGCUCUCCGCCAUGCGAGGAGAAGCUCUUUUACAGAGGCCUCAGGCAGCCGGCGUAGGGAGGGUGUCCCUCAGAUACUGGUCCUGUUGACAGGAGGAAGAUCUGGAGAUGAUGUGUCAAAGGCAGCUGUUGAUCUAAAAAAGGACAAAGUUGUUCCAUUUUGUGUCGGAACAAGAACUGCUGACCUUUUAGAGCUUCAAAUGAUUGCAUAUAACCCGUCCUACGCCUUCUCCGUUCCUACGUUUCAUGACACUGGAAGCAUUCAUCAGCAGCUUGUGUCAUUGGUUAAAAGGGUGCCACGGCAACAACUCAGAGAAAAAGCACAGAGUUCUAUAGGUUCUACGGCGCAAACAGAGGAACAAGAUGUAGUGUUUUUACUGGACUCCUCUGAUGACAUGUUGAGCGACUUCACGCAGCUGCUCGGCUUUGUUGAGCAGAUGGUGGAGAGACUUGGAGUAGAUGAGAGGAAAGAUCGAGUUUCUGUGGUUCAGUUCAGCCGUGAAGCUUCUGUUGAGUUUUUCCUCAACACGCACCAAACACGGCAGAGUGUUACCGACGGUGUGAAAAACGUCAGACCGAAAGGAGGCAGUGAACGCAACACAGGCGCUGCCAUGAAUUAUGUGAAGGAGCGUGUCUUCACAGCUUCCUCUGGAAGCAGGCGUCACCAAGGCGUCCCUCAGAGCCUGGUUCUUCUCACUGGAGGAGUGUCGAGUGACGAUGUCAGGAAUGCAGUGCAAACGUUAAAGGAAGACGGUGUGAGGAUAUUUGUGGUGGGGCUAAAGGAUGCAGACGUUCUUGAGAUGCAGACUAUCUCCCAGGAAGCCAGUAAUGCUUUCCUAGCCGCAGAUUUAAAUGACAUGUCAGAAAUUAGACAACAAAUCCUUUCAUCCAUUGAGAAGAGUGAGAAAUCUGCUGUGACCACAGCAUCACACGGUAAGAUUUACACCUCUAGAUCUGAGCCUCAGCACUUCAGGAAGCACGAUCUGACCCGGAAGCACGAUCUGACCCGGAAGCACAAUCUGUACCAUCAGCUUAUUGCUCAACCAGACAUACAUCCAGAUCCCAGCAGCAAAGACGUGGUUUUUCUGAUCGAUGGUUCUGAAGCUUCUCAGCCGAGGUUCUCUGACAUUCUAGAGUUUGUAGAAGCAAUAGUGACAGACUUAAGUAUCGGGAACAACAGGCACCGCGUGGCUGUGGUCCAGUACAGCGACACGGCACAGACUAACUUCAACCUGAACCGCUACGGGACUAAGCACGACGUUCUUCAAGCGAUUAACAGUCUCACUCACAAGGGAGGUCAACCUAUAAACAUUGGAGAGGCUCUCCAGUAUGUGAGAGACCAUGCAUUUACUCCAGAGGCUGGAAGUAGGAUCCGACAGGGAGCGCCACAGAUACUGAUCCUGCUGAGUGGCGGAAGGUCUGCCGAUGAUGUAAGAAACUCAGUGAGAGAACUGAAGGAAAUGGGUGUUACCAUAGUCGCCAUUGGAAGCAGUGAUGCAGACACCCUGGAGCUACAGACCAUAUCCCAUGAACCUAGAUACGCACUCUCUGUGGCCGACUACGGAGAGCUGCCCGCUGUAAAGCAGAAUGUGUUGUCUUUGCUGAGAGAGACGUCGCAUCAUGCUUUGCAUUCUAUAGAGCUUGAUUCAAAGAAAAGUGACAUAGUUUUUCUGAUCGAUGGAUCAUAUGACUCCAGAAACGGAUUUGAAGGAAUCCGAGCUUUUAUUCAAAGGAUUGUUGAAAAUGUAAAUGUGAGUCAUACUGGAGACCAGGUAGCUGUUGUUCAAUACAGCCGUGAUGCAACAGCUAAUUUCUACCUGAACUCCUAUUCAUCCCAGUAUGAUGUGCUGAGUUCCAUAAGAACGAUGAGGCAUAAGCUGGGACGCCCGCUUAACAUUGGCAAAGCCCUGGAGUUCGUCAGGGAUCAUGUUUUUGAUGCUGCAGUUGGAGGCAGAGGAGCUGAUUUAGCUUCUCAGCAUCUGUAUUUAUUUAGUGGUGGAAGGUCUGGAGAUGAUGUAAGAGGAGCGGCGCAGACGCUAAAGGCCAAAGGGAUAAAGACUUUGAGCAUUGGAACAAAGAACGCCGACACAUUAGAAAUGCAAACCGUCUCUUACACACCUGAACAUUAUUUUAAUGUUCCCAACUUUAGCAACCUGCAGAGCAUUUAUGCAUCCAUGGAAAACAAAUUCAGAGACUCACAAACAGCCACUGAGAUCCUGACUGACACGUCUACAGCUGUAGAGGAACUACAGACGGCAGAUAUCGUCUUCCUCCUUGAUGGAUCUAAUUACAUGAAACCCAAUGAAAGACUCGUUUUGGAGUUUGUCUUAGACUUUGUCAAGAAAAUAGAGAUUGGGCCAAAUAACGUGCAGGUUGCUUUGGUCCAGUACAGCGCAGAGCCUGCUGCUGAAUUUACUUUGAACAGAUACUCACUGAAGGAAGAAGCCUUGAAUCAUUUGAGAAAUGUGAAGCUGAUGGGAGGGGGCUCAGUCAACACAGGCAGAGCCAUUGAUUUUGUGAGAAACGCGGUUUUGGUGGCUUCAGCUGGAAGCCGGCUCCAGCAGGGGGUCCCACAGGUUCUGAUUUCUGUAAGUGGGAGCAAGUCGGAGGAUGAUGCCUUAGGGCCGGCGGGGAGGUUAAAGAAUGCUGGAGUUUCUCUGUUUGCUGUUGGGGUGAGCACAGCAGAUAGGAGCGAGAUGGAGCAGCUAGCUCCAGGGGCCUGGUACUUUCUGAAGGAUGUAUCUGACUUCCUGCCAGUCAGACAACAGGUGCUGUCAGUCACUACCGCCACCAGAGGCUCUGUAAACCCAAGUGUUGGAUUAACUUCUACUAAGAGAGAUAUUGUCUUCCUGAUUGAUGGCUCUGAUGAUGUAAGGAGUCAAUUCAUCUCUAUACGUAAAUUCAUUGCAAACCUGGUUCAGAACUUGGAUCUGGACCAACAGCGAGAUCAGAUUGCUGUUGUGCAGUACAGCAACAAUGCUAAGAUGGAGUUCAGUCUAGAUGCCUAUAGCACCAAAGGCAAUGUUCUGCAGCACGUUGCCAGGCUCCAACCAAAAGGCGGCCGGCCUCAGUAUAUCGGUGCAGCUCUGCAGUUUGUGAAAGACAAUGUUUUUGUUCCCAAGGCUGGAGCACGAAUUAAUGAAGGAGCCAGUCAGGUACUUUUUGUCUUGGCUGGCGGUCGUUCGAGGGAUUCUCCACGUGGCCCAGCAAGGGCAUUAAAAAGAGGCGGGGUUGUUAUAUUUGCAAUCGGUUCCAGACUUUCCAGUUCAGCUGAAAUGCAGGCUAUUUCAGACCAUGCUUUCUCCAUCCCUGACUUUGUUAAUCUUGCUGGAAUUCAACAACAUGUAUUAAGGCACCUAACUGCAAUCGAAAGUCCUAAGACUGUCGAAGUUGACACUGCCAAAAAGGAUAUUGUAUUCCUCCUUGAUGGUUCCGAUGCCACGAGGAAUGGCUUCCCCGCUAUGCGUGAUUUUGUUGAAACAGUGGUUGAAAAACUCAGUGUGGGAGAAAACAAAGACCGUGUCUCUGUGGUCCAGUUCAGCAGAGAAGCUGAAGUCCAUUUCUAUCUGAACACUUACAACAACAGAGAGGACAUACUGGAUGCGGUCAGAGGACUUAGACACAGAGGAGGAAGACCCCUCAACACUGGGGCAGCCCUCCAGUACGUCAGGGACAAUGUCUUUACAAAUUCCUCAGGAAGUAGACAUCAGCAAGGUGUCUCUCAGAUGUUGAUUCUGCUAACUGGGGGAAAGUCUUUUGACAAUGUUGAUGCCCCAGCCUCUGCUCUCAAACAGCAGGGCAUCCUUGUCAUUGGUAUUGGAACAAGGACCUCUGACAGUAGAGAGCUGCAGAAGUUGUCAUAUGAGCCCAGUUAUGCACUGUCGGUAUCUGAGUUCUCCGACCUCCCUCGUGUCCAAGAACAACUCUCCUCUGUCAUGAGCACAGCGCUGUUAAAGGCUACACCUUUGGUUCCAACAGUGACUGUGGUGAGGCAGCAUACAGGAAGAGAUGUGGUGUUCUUGCUGGAUGGAUCUGACGGCACAAGAUCUGGCUUCCCAGCUAUGCGAGAUUUUGUCCAAAGAGUAGUAGAAACUCUUAGUGUGGAUGAAAACAAAGACCGUGUGUCAGUGGUUCAGUACAGCAGGGAUCCAGCUGUCCACUUCUAUUUGAACACCUACAUGACUAAAGGCCAGAUCCUUGAUGCCGUCAGGGGUUUGAGGCACAAAGGCGGAAGACCCCUUAACACUGGAGCAGCUCUCCAGUACUUGCGGGAUAACGUCUUCACUGCCUCUGCAGGAAGAAGGCAGUCGGAGGGAGUUCCUCAGGUCCUUAUAUUUCUAAGUGGUGGACGAUCUUCAGACAGUGUCGACGCACCAGUGGCUGCUCUCAAACAGAUGGGCGUCUUGAUCUUUGCAAUUGGAAGCAGAGGCUCUGAUAGCAGAGAAUUGCAAAAAGUGUCCCACGAUCCCAGCUAUGCUCUAUCUGUGUCAGAGUUUACUGACCUUCCCAGUGUCCAACAACAACUUCAGGCCUCUGUGGACGCCGUGGUUAUUGACGCUACUCCUGAAUCACCAACUGUACAUGUUGACACUGCCAAAAAGGAUAUUGUAUUCCUCCUUGAUGGUUCCGAUGCCACGAGGAAUGGCUUCCCCGCUAUGCGUGAUUUUGUUGAAACAGUGGUUGAAAAACUCAGUGUGGGAGAAAACAAAGACCGUGUCUCUGUGGUCCAGUUCAGCAGAGAAGCUGAAGUCCAUUUCUAUCUGAACACUUACAACAACAGAGAGGACAUAGUGGAUGCGGUCAGAGGACUUAGACACAGAGGAGGAAGACCCCUCAACACCGGGGCAGCCCUCCAGUACGUCAGUGACAAUGUCUUUACAAAUUCCUCAGGAAGUAGACAUCAGCAAGGUGUCUCUCAGAUGUUGAUUCUGCUAACUGGGGGAAAGUCUUUUGACAAUGUUGAUGCCCCAGCCUCUGCUCUCAAACAGCAGGGCAUCUUUGUCAUUGGUAUUGGAACAAGGACCUCUGACAGUAGAGAGCUGCAGAAGUUGUCAUAUGAGCCCAGUUAUGCGCUGUCGGUAUUUGAGUUCUCCGACCUCCCUCGUGUCCAAGAACAACUCUCCUCUGUCAUGAGCACAGCGCUGUUAAAGGCUACACCUUUGGUUCCAACAGUGACUGUGGUGAGGCAGCAUACAGGAAGAGAUGUGGUGUUCUUGCUGGAUGGAUCUGACGGCACAAGAUCUGGCUUCCCAGCUAUGCGAGAUUUUGUCCAAAGAGUAGUAGAAACUCUUAGUGUGGAUGAAAACAAAGACCGUGUGUCAGUGGUUCAGUACAGCAGGGAUCCAGCUGUCCACUUCUAUUUGAACACCUACAUGACUAAAGGCCAGAUCCUUGAUGCCGUCAGGGGUUUGAGGCACAAAGGCGGAAGACCCCUUAACACUGGAGCAGCUCUCCAGUACUUGCGGGAUAACGUCUUCACUGCCUCUGCAGGAAGAAGGCAGUCGGAGGGAGUUCCUCAGGUCCUUAUAUUUCUAAGUGGUGGACGAUCUUCAGACAGUGUCGACGCACCAGUGGCUGCUCUCAAACAGAUGGGCGUCUUGAUCUUUGCAAUUGGAAGCAGAGGCUCUGAUAGCAGAGAAUUGCAAAAAGUGUCCCACGAUCCCAGCUAUGCUCUAUCUGUGUCAGAGUUUACUGACCUUCCCAGUGUCCAACAACAACUUCAGGCCUCUGUGGACGCCGUGGUUAUUGACGCUACUCCUGAAUCACCAACUGUACAUGUUGACACUGCCAAAAAGGAUAUUGUAUUCCUCCUUGAUGGUUCCGAUGCCACGAGGAAUGGCUUCCCCGCUAUGCGUGAUUUUGUUGAAACAGUGGUUGAAAAACUCAGUGUGGGAGAAAACAAAGACCGUGUCUCUGUGGUCCAGUUCAGCAGAGAAGCUGAAGUCCAUUUCUAUCUGAACACUUACAACAACAGAGAGGACAUAGUGGAUGCGGAAGUAGACAUCAGCAAGGUGUCUCUCAGAUGUUGA